AUGGCGGCCCGCAGUGCCCUACGCCUGGCGCGGCGCGCGCGACCCGCACCAAGACUGACGCGUACUUUCAUCCCCGACGCGACGCAGCUUUUGAUCGACGCGCAAGCGGUCACGGGCCUGCCCUGGUACGCGACCAUUCCCUGUGCCACGCUUGCGAUGAGAAGCGCCCUCGUGCCCGCUUCGCUGAUAGCGCGGCGCCACGGGCGGCGCAUCAACCUGGCCGCGCCGCAUCUUCGCAAAUUACAGCAAUUGGCGGCCGAGCGGUCGAAGGAGAAGCCCGACGACAAAAUAGGGACGGCGAGGUUGCUCACGACCGGCAUCAAUGGCAUCUUGAAAUUGCAUCAUGCGAGGCCCUCGUUUCUGUUACUUCCGUUCGCCACGACUCUCCCGUCGAUGAUCUAUCUCGCUCUGGGCGUGCGCGGCCUGCCGGGCGACGCUUUGGUGGAGGGCGGGUGCCUGUGGUUCCCUGAUUUAUCAGUGUCUGAUAUGUACCUCCCGUGUUUCUGCGUCGCGACCGCAUAUGCGAACCUGGAGCGCCAGCUCGCGGCGCCGCCGGGCAAUGCCUCCAUCGCCGGCGCCGCCAAGAAUAUUGGCCAGCUCGCGUUAAUUGCGACGAUGCCCGUGACGUUCGGACUGCCUUCGGGCUUCCACCUUUUCUGGCUCUCGUCGACAGCCUUCACGGCGUUGUCGGGCGAGGCGUUUCGAGUGUUAGAUAAGCCGCCGCCGGCGCCUCCUUCUUCACCGGUCGCGGCAUCAUCGAAGGAGGCGUCGCCGCGACCGCGACGGCGGCGCAAGGGCAAAAAAAAGCGCCGUUCCUAGUAAGUGUGUCUGUUGUAUGUCUCGCUAGGUGUCCGAGGGCGUCUGCGGAGGCGUUCGCGCGCGGCGCCCGCGGCGUCUUCUCCCUUCGCAUUUUGGCAGAGGCAGGGUGCAUCGCAGCGGGCAUAUCGACGCGCGGCAUCACCAUCUAUCGCAUUCUGCGCUUCGCUGGGACCUCUCUGCGUGGGAAUUCAUCGCCUGCUUAAGCGCUAGCGCUUGCCGCAGGCCGCAAGCCACAACACCCAGGUUGACCAAAAAGAAAGCAAUCGCUGCGGCGUCGGCGCGGUCGGCGCGGACCGAUAUAUUAUAGCGAUAGUCGCGAUGGCCACGCCGCUCGCCGCCGGCAGCGACGCCACGCCGCUCGCCACGGCCAGCGAGCAGCUCCGCGCGAGCAACGGCUCGUCGGCGCUCGCCGCCGCCAUCGCCGCGGCCGAAGCCAAAAACGUGCCGCCGCCGCCGGCCAUGCCCUCGGUGACCGCCGGGGGAGCCGCCGCGGCGCCGCCGGCGAUGCCACCGAUGACCACCCCGGGCGCCGCGGCGCCGCCCGCGGCCUCGACGCCGAGCGCAGCCGGCGGGUCGCAGGCGGCACCAAGGCCGCCGGUCACGGCGCCGACGCUGCCCUCGCUGGGCGCCGCGGCCGCCAAAGCGCCAGUAACAUUAGCGCGGCGCGUCCAGCCGGCGCCCGUCGCCAAGGAUUCUGAUGAUGACGACGACCUCGACAUCCAGGCCUCGACAAAAUCACUGAAAGACGCUCCUGUAGAACCGCCCCCGCCGCCCGGCAGUCGUAUUACGGUGCGCUUCAGCGACGGUAUUGAUUAUGGCGGCACCGUGCAAAAACUGCUAGAUGGAAAUAAAGCAUUUGUGCUGUACGACGACGGCCAGAGCGAGGCCGUGCAAUUUCCUGACAGUGACGUGAAAAUUACGCGCGUCGGCCCGGGCCCGCCGAAGCGCGUGCCGUUGCGAGCGAGGCUGGCGACGGCCGUCCCCCCUUCGGAUGAGGAUAGCGACGACGACGCUUUGGAUCGAGCGGCUCUGCUGUCCAAGCCGGUGGCUUGGCCCGGCGACAAGGCGCCGUCGAAACCUCGUACGAGGGGUCGGAAGCGGCCCGUUGUCCAGAAGGACGACGAUUCUUCUUCAGACGCGUUGGAGGACAUUAUUUGCGAGGCGUGUAAAAGAGGCGACGACGAGGCGAAUCUCAUCGAGUGCGACGCGGGUUGUGGAAGGUGGCGCCACCUGCGGUGCUGCGCGCCACCCUUAGAUACAGUACCAGAAGUUUGGGCCUGCCCGGCUUGUUCAAUGCCGAGAGAAGAAGGCGUCGCGUGCAGAGGCGAUGUGGUAUUUGCCAAGUUCGCGCACUACCCCUGGUGGCCCGCGACGAUUCGAUCCCUGAAGACGGAUACUGUUAGAAUCUCGAAGCAGCCGCAGCGGCGCGGCCAGCUCACCGGGGUGCAUGUGGACGUCUUGUAUGUUGGGAGAGACGUGAACGCGACCGUCGACGCGUUAAGGUGCGUGCCCUUCGAGAGCGGUCUCGCUGAAAUGCGGAGCUACGCGCGCGCGACCAAGGGGUCCUUCGACAACGGCGACUGCCCGCGCGACGCGUUCCGCGAAGCUGUUCAACUAGCUGUAGAUAAGUGCGCGGCGCGCAAGGCCGCUCGCAACAACAGUACUGAUGUAGCCCAGUACAAGCAGGCUCUCCUGGACAAGUGCGGCGUCGCGUCGAAGCUACUCUUAGUACCUGAUACCGAUGAUGAUGAGCCCGUGCAGAUGACAGCGGCGCCGCCGGUGCCCUUUGCGCAACAACCUUUAGCGAGACCCGUGAUCGCGCAGCCGAAGAAACGGUCGACGGCCUCGGGUCGCGAGUCCACGUCGUCGCGGGACGGGCACCUGUGGUACGCGGCGAUGUUGAGGGUGGGCAUCGACGAGGCGACGGCCCUGGAGGCGGUCCGCGAGCGCCUCGACUGCUCCGAGGCCUUCGCGAAGCAGGUCGUCCGGCAGAAGGCUCAACGCCGCGCGUCGACGUCCCUGAAGACGUCGCCGACCGAGGACGACUACGCGAAGCCGCGCGUGCAGCUGCGCGCGACCUCCAAAAGGCAGCGGGGGCUGCCCGCCUAGGGACUUCCCCCUCCUUGCUAAGUGUACUCCUUACUAACAGGCCUUCUUCUCGCUGUUGUUGCGCAGCCGCCCGUAAAUUUGAGGCAACGAGACCACUACCGCGAGGCGCAGGAACGCGCUCGUAUCAAUACGAGACGCGUCCGCGGCGAGUGCGAGGUAUAUAACGAGCUCCAGGACGCAUAUGGUCGCACCCAGGAAGUCGCCCAUAACGCC